CAAGUUGCCGAUGCUUUUGUUCUAGCACGGAACCGUUCUAUUUCUCCUAACCGCAGCUGCUACCCACGAUCGAAACUUAAGGGAGGAAAGGCACACUCCGAUUCUUGCACGACGCUGACGGCGAGGCCAGCUACGUUUCGUUGUUGGAUGCCUUCCUGGCCACUGGGUGGUGGUAGCACACUCAGGGUGGGGGAUCCUUCAAAGGCUUAAAAGGCCUUCCAACGUCCUUGUAACACGCAGUUCUUGAAUAGAACGUAAUAGCAUUCUAUUCCGAAAUAAAAAUCAACUUGAGAGCAACUGGCCGACCGAAUACACCCCUUCCGGCCUCUUAAGGAAAUUUAAUCGUCGUUACCUGUGGCGUGACGUUUCAGAUAUACACAUUAUAUUAUCGGUGCACGUCGAAGCAAAAAGCUUAAAAUUCUGCGAAAGACACUUUGGUGGGAAAAGAAAGAAAAAAAAAAAAUAAAUAAAUAAAUAAAUAAAGGGGAAAAGCAAGAGUGAUCUCCGUUCUUCUUUCCCUUUCACCGUCGUAGCCCUAAAUUGGAAAUUCAGUGACCAGUGUUGGACGGUUGUUUCAAGCCACAUAUAUACUUCGUCGGAGCUGCAACAAGUAAAUCGAGGGGGACGAGAUGAAGAAGACGAGGAAUCUUCAGUUGUUCGCGACGUUCCUUCUGUUGGUGUUUUUCGUGUCACCGUCGUCCACCUGGGCUCUCACCACUUUCGGCAAGACCAACCCCCAAAAUCAAAACUCUCCGCCGCCACCCACGCCAGGGAAGGCCCGGGAAUGUAAGUUGGAGUCGGACUGCGCCGGGAUUCAAAAUACAACGUGCAUGGCGGAUCCUCGGGACGGAAGGACGCGUUGUCUCUGCGGGGACUUCUCUCCGCCGCUGAAUGGCGCGUGUACCAAUAAAUUCAAAGCGUUACAUGCCCCAUGUAACGAAGAUACUGAAUGCGUCGAUGGUGCACAUUGCGUACAACGGAACAAUACUCUGCCCGGGAAACGUUGCUAUUGCAAAGAAGGAUAUUACGAAGAGAAACUUUUACUUUGCAGUGGUAGUUCAUCCGUCUUCACAUUUCAUACGACACUUCUGUUAAUUACAUUGAGUGUACUGAAACGGAGCUUCUGUUAAUUGCCUUGAUCGUGGGACGAACUUUGUGAAUUUUUUAUAAUUUUGAAAUACUUUGUGACUUAUUGUGUAAAAGGUAUAACAAGAUCCUUGAAAUUAAUUUUAAAUCUGCAAUUGUAAUCUCUUAUUAGGAAACUAGGAAUCAAUUAGAAUUAUUGAUAUUGUAUAAAAUAUCAGUUUUAAUUCUUUAUUACUUUAUAUCGUGUAACCACUUGUAUUUUAUGUUUCAAUUGUAACUUCGUUUUCUAAUUGAUAGUCGAUGCAAUUUAACAACGUAUAUUAGUAUAUUAGUAAUUAAAAUGUCUCAAUAUCAUACCAUACUUUAUCUACGAGAAAAUUUUCUAUUACUAUUGAUUCCUAUCUUUUAAAUAUUUAUACAUAUAAUUAAUACUUAGGACUUUGCAAGAAAAAGAAAUAUAUAUAUUAGCGUAGACAAUUCACGAGACAUAUUACAAUUCACAACUAUAAGUAAAAUUCAUAGUUUACAUUUUCGUCAGUGACAAAUCAUAGUUUACGUUUUAAGUCAAUUUAUUGCCUUGAGUUAAGUUAGACAAGUCGUAGUAGCUAAGUGCACCUAUACCUAUUCAAUCAAAUUCUUAAAUUUGAUUUUCUCAGAAAUAAUAAGUAAUCCAAGUGAAAAGCUUUGUUUCCUUCUCGGUCCAUUUUUGCGGAACAAUAUUCUAUUAAAGUAGCACUUUCUUCGUUGUUGAAUAACUGUUUCCUUGGAAUUCGAAUUUCUUAAACGUUUAGUCAUCAAAAUUGAAUGUGCCUAAUGACAUUUUAUAUAAUGUAAUAACGUCAUUACACGUACGUAUAUUACAAAAUAAACGUAAUCUAAGAUACUAUUACUAUCACACAAUCUUACGAGAUAGAAUAAAAUACUAUUGUAAAUCGUUCGAUUUAACAACUAUAAGUAGAAAAUGCCUUUUCAUUCACUAGUUGUAGCUACGAUUACAACAUUAUGUACAUAGCAAAUUUUAAUUCGUUGACAGACGUACAUAUAAUACAAAGUUUCAACAUGCCAAUAUUAUCUGAAGUACCAGCGACUGUAUGAAAACAAACUGUGUAAUAACUGUACAAUUAAACAACGUGUGCUAAUAAUUUACGCCAGUACGCGAAUUUGUUGGAACACAAAUGAACAGCAAUAUUUAUUUCAAUUACGAUGCAUAGCAUUUUAUAACGUUUGUAAAUCGAUAAUACUGUAACAAUGAACUGUAUUUAUUCAGCUCCACUACGCAAACACAUUAGCAUCACGAAUAUGUCACGCACUAAUAAAUUUUCUCUGUAUUCUAAAA